AUGCCUCCUUAUAAAUUUGGCAGUUAUCCAAGUUUGAAGCUUCCAGAUGAGAAAAGCCGCGAAGGAAUUGCCCGAUUGGUGUCAAAGGUGGAUGAUUUCCGAGAGCUUAAGAUCUUGCCAGAGAUAAGAUCUGCACUUCUUCAAGAGAUCAAAGCACAUACUGUUCUCCGAAGUCAGAACUAUAUCAACUCGGACAAGAAGAAAAAGACUGAAGGUGAGUUGAAUGGGUUGAUUAUUCGUCCCACACCGAUACAGACUGCAGCUAUUAAGAUGAUCAAUGCUAAGAGAUCGGCCGGAGAGUUCUUGAAGGUCUUUACAUUAGCGGCCGAGACUGGGUCAGGUAAGACCUGGGCAUAUUUGGCACCGUUGUUUCAGUAUUUAAGAUUGGAAGAUGUUAAGAGGGGUGAAGAGUAUGUGAUUGUUGAUCGCAAGGAGGUGGGUGCUGAGGCAGAGGUCGAUGCUGAGGCGGAGGUCAAUGAAGCUGAUGAGGUCAAUGAGGCUGAUGUCAAUGAAGCUGACGUCAAGGCUGAGGCAGAGCUCAAUGAAGCUGAUGAGGUUAAUGCUGAGGCAGAGCUCAAUGAAGCUGAUGAGGUUAAUGCUGAGGCAGAGCUCAAUGAAGCUGAUGAGGUUAAUGCUGAGGCAGAGCUCAAUGAAGCUGACGUCAAGGCUGGGGCAGAGGUCAAUGAAGCCGAUGUCAAUGCUGACUCAGAGGCCGUAGAGUUCGCUAAAAAACACAAACCUACAUCACAUAGACGCCAUCGAACAGGAAUCAGAAGUAUCGUUCUUGUACCUACUCAUGAAUUGGUGGAUCAAGUAUAUUCAACGGUGGAACAUACAGAAGCGACGCUUGGAACCAAGCUCUUCAAAUGGGAUACAGACUCUAAUUUUAAGGUUUUUAUCCAGGCUUUUAGACAGGGUAUCGAUGUUCUGGUGACGACCCCACCUAAGCUUCUUUCUCUAACUAGGUAUGACUCAGUUAGAAAUCCUCGAGCUCUAUUAGGCUCAGUGAAGUUCUGUGUAGUCGAUGAAGCAGAUACUUUGAUGGAUGAAUCGUUUGUUCAAGACACCUAUAAUGUGACCAAGAACAUGUGUAACUUGAACACCUUAGUGUUUGCCUCUGCAACUAUUCCCUCUCAGUUCAAUAGUACCAUCCAUAAACUUUUCCCCGAUGCAAUUUCUGUGUCUACACCGUCUUUGCAUAAGCUGCCAAAAUCUAUCGAAUUUAGGGUGAUUAAUGCAAGCGUCUCGCCUUAUAAAGGCUCUAAAAUGAAGGCUUUGGCUCAGACUUUGUAUGCAAUUCAUUGUGAUGGAAGUGAGAGAGGUUUCGAAAAAAGAGUCAUUGUGUUUGUGAACAAUAAAGACGACUGUGAAAAGGUAGCCUGCAGACUACAUGAAAAAUAUGGCCAUGAUGUCGUCUACAUCAGUGGUGAUGAUACUACAGAUGACAGAAAGGCCAAAGUGCAGACCUUUAUAGACCCACCCAAAGACCUCACUGAUCCUGAGAGAUCGGUGCUUAAAGUGCUAAUAUGUACUGACCUUCUCUCGAGAGGAUUGAACUUUACAGGAAUUCGUAACGUGGUUUUGUUGGAUGUUCCUCACAACUCUUCAGAUCUUGUUCAUAGAGCAGGUCGAACAGGAAGAAUGAAUCAGAGUGGAAGAGUGUUUCUUAUUAUCAACGAUCAGGACAAAUCCCAUGUUAAAGGGUUGCCUAAAGUUCUAAGAAAUAAUAGGAGAUUAGGAUGA